CCUCUUCCUUAAAAGAGAACCAAGAGAGGAAACCCAGAAGAUAAAGUAAACGGAAUCGAGAGAUAUACAGAGAGAUGGAUGGGAUCGAGCAUAGGAUCGUGGCCGUUAAUGGCAUAAACAUGCAUAUAGCAGAAAAGGGAGAUGGCCCAGUGAUCCUCUUCCUCCAUGGCUUUCCUGAUAUCUGGUACACGUGGCGGCACCAGAUCAACGGCCUCGCGGCGCGCGGCUACCGAGCCGUGGCUCCAGACCUACGCGGCUACGGCGACACGGACGCGCCACCUUCAAAAGACGCCUACACCAUCUUCCACAUCGUCGGCGAUCUCAUCGCUCUCAUCGAUGCUCUUUCUCUACCCCAAGUGUUCUUGGUGGGCCACGACUGGGGUGCUUUGGUGGCUUGGUAUUUUUGCUUGUUUCGACCGGACCGGAUUAAGGCGCUGGUUAAUCUGAGCGUUUGCUUUAGGCCACGUAAUCCACAGAGAAAGCCGAUUGAAACGCUCAGGGCCGUCCUUGGCAAGGAUUACUACAUUUGUAGAUUCCAGGAACCUGGAGCAGCUGAAUCUGAGUUUGCUAUGAUUGAUAUGGGAACACUCAUCAAGAAAUCUCUAACUCUUCGCAAUCCAGGUCCUCUAAUUGUACCUAAAGGAGCUCUUGCAGAAUCGCCGCCCGAACCAAUUACCUUGCCCCCAUGGUUGUGUGAAGAGGAUAUUGAUUAUUAUGUCAGUAAAUUCAGCAAGUCAGGCUUUACUGGAGGACUGAACUACUACCGAAAUAUAGAUCGCAAUUGGGAGCUCACAGCGCCGUGGACUGGGGUUCAAGUGAAAGUACCUGUGAAGUUUAUCGUGGGCGACCUGGACUUGACUUACACCACUCUUGGUGCCAAGGAUUAUAUACACAAUGGCAGCUUCAAGAGAGAUGUUCCAUUCCUGCAGGAUGUAGUUGUGAUGGAAGGAGUGGGCCACUUCCUCAACCAGGAAAGGUCAGAUGAAGUCACCGAUCAUAUCUAUGAUUUCUUCCAGAAGUUCUGAUUUCUUCCAGUUCUGAUCUUUGUUUUGGUGAGUCGACCGUCAUCUUUAAAUAAAGCGACUGCUUGACCAGUGGGCCUUCCCUACUUUCGAGUUGGAAUCUACUGAUGUUGUGUACAAUCUCGGUGGCAUAUAAUCUUGUUCUCAAGAUUCAUUAGUUCGCAUCCAAUUACUGCGAUUUGCCCGAUGUUUCUUGCCAUUCCAGAAACUCUUUUUAUCAGAAUUUGUUUUCAUCUUUAUACACAUCGUGAGAUCAUCUGAGA